AAAAAGAAAUAUGAAAGUGAUUCUGUGAAUCUUCUUAGUGUUGACUUUCAGUCAUAUUGGAAGUACAGCUAUUGUCGAGGAAGGCUUCAGACCAGGUGUUUAUGGAGCAGGUUACGGAUAUGACGGACUAGCUUAUGGAUCUGGUAGUGUCUACGGAACUGGACUUGGAUACGGAGGUGCUGCUGUAAAUAACUUCGGCCUCGGAUACGGAGGAGCUGUUGUUGAAGGUGCAGGACUCUAUAGAGGUGGCCUCGGUGGUGCUGUCGUCGAAGGACCAGCUUACUACGGUGGAGCUUAUGGAGCAGGACUUGGUGGUGCUGUUGUCGAAGGACCAGCCUACUACGGUGGAGCUUACGGAGGUGUAGGUGCAUACGAAUACGCCGUGCCAACCCUCGAAAGAGGAGUCGGAUAUGCAGCCGUCCCAGAAGUAGAGAGAUCCUUCGGGUACAUCGACGUUCCAGAGGUCCAGAGAAGAACUGACUAUGCUACCGUCUACGAUUACGAGACUGUCAACAGAGCUACUGUUGUUCCAGAGGUAGAAUACCAGACUGUCACUGACGCCUAUGUUGUUCCAGAGUACUACACCCAACCAAGAUUCGAGUAUGAGACCUUCGACCAAGUCUCUUACGUUCCACAUGUUGAAGAAAUCGAUGAAGUCGACUAUAGAACAAGAUAUAACACAGUCAUGGAGCCAGAAUACUACACUCACACUGAAGUUCAGGAAAUCCCUCAUGUAGAUUAUGUGCAAAAAUGCCAAACUAAAAUGGAACCAGAGUUCAGACAUCAUGCUGAAAUUGUUCAGGACAUCGAGUAUGUCACUAGAUACCAGACUGUUGAGGAACCAGAGUACAGACUUAGAACUGAGAUCGUUCCAGAGAUUGAAUAUGUUACUAGACAUCAAACUGUUGAAGAACCAGAGUACAGACAUCACACUGAAGUUGUUCCAGAUGUAGAGUUUGUAACCAGAUACCAGACUGUUGAAGAGCCAGAGUUUAUCCAUCACUCAGAGAUUGUUCCAGAGAUCGAGUAUGUCACUAGACAAAGAGUUGUCGAAGAACCAGAAUUCAGAACUAGAUAUGAGACUUACGACGAAGUUGAAUAUGUCCCAAGGCAACAAAUUGUUGAGGAACCUGAAUUCAGAACCAGAUACACCACUGUUCCAGAGACCCAAUACAUCCCAAAGCAGAGAGUUGUUGAAGAACCAGAGACUUUCUACCACACUGAACAUCUCCCAGAGCUCCAGAGAAGACUUAGAUUCGAAACCUAUGACGAAGUUAGACCUGAAUUAUCCUACAAGACUGAAGAUGAUGUCUCCGUCACCACCCACACCGAGACUGUCCCACAAUAUGAGAGAUGUGUUACUUAUGAAGCUGUUCAGGACCAACCACUCACCAAAGUUCAGGAACCAGGAUUCACUGAGACCGUCGAGAGACACAAUGACCUCCAAGGACCAGGACUUGCCAUCGAAAGAGAAAUCUAUGACACUCCAGUUUCCAACAGACAGUGGGCCCAACAAUGGAGAUCUGACUACGGACCAAUCAGUGAACUCGCUUUCAAUGACUUCAGAUGGAGAAACCCAUCCUUCACCCCAACCGGUAGAGCUACUGACUACGUAGCCCCAGUUGCUGCUCCAGUUUAUGAAGCUCCAUUUGUCUAUGAAGCUCCUUAUGCCUACGAAGCUCCAUAUGCUUAUGGACCAGGAUUUGCUUAUGAAGCCCCUGCUGUCUACGAAGUUCCAUAUGCUUAUGAGGCACCAUAUGCUUAUGAGGCACCAUAUGUCUAUGAGACUCCAGUUGUUUACGAAACUCCUGCUGUCUAUGAUGCUCCAGUCUUCUAUGAAGAGCCAGUUGUUUACCAAGAACCAAUCUUCUACGAAGAGCCAGUUGUUUACCAAGAACCAAUCUUCUACGAAGAGCCAGUUGUCUACCAAGAACCAAUCUUCUACGAAGAGCCAAUUGUCUACCAAGAGCCAAUCAUCUAUGAAGAGCCAAUCAUUUACGAAGAGCCAUACGUUGAAGCCCCAAUCCUCGUCGAAGAACCAGUUUACGACGGAUGGUAUGAUGCUCCUAUUACUACCGAGCCAGAAUCUGUAGAACAGCCAGCUGCUGAAGAAAAUGCUGCAGAGUACUAA